AUGGCAGUUAUGACAAGCCAACAAGCUGACGGUGUCGCGGGUCUCCCCGAGAAGCCCGUCGUCACCAUGGCUACUGAGGCUUCUUCUACUACCACUCCAGAUGCGCCUGUAGCGGAGGCGCCCAAGAGUGAUGCUGCUGCUGCUGCUCCUGCUACUGCUGAUGCUGUUGCGGCACCAACCCCUGAUGCGCCAGUGAAGGAUGUUGCAAACGGUGAUCAAAAAGAAACAGAAGUGAAUGGUCACGACGAAGAGGUCUCCCCUAAAACUCUCGUGCCAGAAACCAAAACCGAUAGUCUCCCCACUCCUAAAGACGAACCUUUGGAAGAAGCACAGGCCACUCCAGCAAAGAAGGAAGGAGACGCCCCCAAAGCAGAAGAGUCAAAGGAAGGUGAGGCGAAGAGUGACGAGAAGGCCCAAAAAGAGGAAGAAAAGCCCGCUCCAGUAGAAGAGGAAAAGAAGGCCGAGGAACCAGCAGAGCCAGAGGAGGAAAAGGUCGAGGGCGACAAGAUGGAGAUUGAUGCGCCAGAGCCACCGGCGGGUGAUGCGCCCAAGGAGUCGAUUGCAUCGCCUGCAGAGGACAAGGCUCCUGAACCGGCCGCCGAAGAACAGAGCAAGGAAGAGAAGCCUGCUGCUGCCGAGGAGGCCAAGGAGGACAAGCCUGCCGAACCAAAAGCUGACGUAGCCACGGAAGCGAAAGCGGAUGAAGCCAAGGAACAGAAAGCAGACGAAGCGAAGGAUGUGGCCCCUGCUCCUUCCGCAACUGAAACCCCCACCACUGAGCCCGCGCCAAAACCUCCCGCGUCUCCUGCAAAACAACAAGAAGACGUGGAGAUGACUGAUGCGCCUGCGACCGUUGAGGAGCCCGCCAAAACAGAAGAGUCGAAGCCCGCCGAGGCGACACCCACAGCGACUCAACAGGAGACGCAAGACACUACUGUCAGUGACGUACCGCCCCCCACACCAGCUGGCGAAGAGGCGAAGGAGGACAAGGACGCGCCUCAGCCAUCCCCUGCCGCUCCCGUUACCGCAGACACGAGCAUGUCGGACGCGCCCCCGUCAUCAUCCAAGCCCUACAGGGAGCGCGAGGAAGACAGCGAAGAUGAGCCCGUCGCCAAACGCGCAAAGGUGUCCCCUGCCGCAGACCAGGCCAGCGUUAAGAGCGAGGCCAAGAGAGAGGACAAGAUGGACGUCGACAGUAAGCCAGCCGCGUCAUCUGCCAUCCACUCCGGCCCCCGCCAGGAACGAACCCAAGUCGCUGGCGGAUGA